CUUCCUUUUCGCUGUUAUUUAGGUUAGUAUUGUGGAGUAACUACAAUGUGGUUGACGCCUCUGCGUUUAUUAUGAUCAUCCUUGUCAUGACGCAGCACUAGGCUAGUAUGGCGAAGAAGCGUUUCUACAUAGAUUUGGAUGUGUAGAUUUAUAUUCUAACAUACAGUAAAAUAACGGGUAUGACUCCUCAAAUAUCAUCCUAGUGAGGAGGAGUGAACAGCAAGAGCGGUGAUAUGGCCUAUAUCCAGAUACCUGAUGAUGAGAAGGGGUAUGAGUUGGACCUCUUCUGUGUCCCCAAACACUAUGAGGAGGAUUUAGACCGGGUCAUCAUCCCUCAUGGACUGAUCAUGGACAGGACUGAGCGCCUGGCUCGUAAUAUAGUCCGUGACAUGGGGGGACACCAUAUAGUAGCACUGUGUGUUCUCAAAGGAGGUUAUACAUUCUUUGCCGACCUGCUGCACUACAUCAAGGCCCUAAAUCAGAACAGCGAGAAGUCUGUCCCGUUGACUGUGGAUUUCAUUAGGCUAAAGAGCUAUUGUAAUGACCAGUCUACAAACAUUGUCAAAGUUAUCGGAGGGGACGAGCUCUCUACUCUAACAGGGAAGAAUGUUUUGAUAGUUGAGGACAUUGUGGAGACGGGGAGGACUAUGGAGACACUGCUAUCACUGCUGAGUGAAUGCAAUCCAAAGAUGGUCAAAGUGGUCAGCCUUCUAGUCAAGAGAACACCAAGGAGCUCAGGAUACAGACCAGACUACAUCGGGUUUGAGGUGCCUGAUUCGUUCCUGGUGGGAUAUGCCCUGGACUACAAUGAGUACUUCAGAGAUCUCAGUCACAUCUGUAUACUGAACGAGAACGCAAAGGAGAAGUACAAAGUGUGAGCUGAGGCAAUGGACAGAUAAAUGAAGGGAGACUAGGACCACUGUGAUGAUCCUGAGCUUUUUAGGGUUCUGAACCUUAUUUAUUUUUCUAUGUAUGAAACCUACUUAAUGUGAACACAUGGAUUGUGAAUUCAGUUUGCAAGAUGCUCUUCCAGAAAACAAAUGUAUUGAAUUCAUAUUUUUGUUCCCCUGGAAGGAAUGGGAUGAGAUAUCUUUUUAAGUAGAGGACUCAUGUAAAGAUAGUUAUGGGAGAACUUAUUUUAUUUAGAUUUCUUAUUAUAUAUUAAAUUGGGGCUUUGGAUGCCUCUGAUUUAUGUUAGUAAUGGUGAAUAUUGAUUUCAUUAUGUUGCUUAAUACAAUCCACAGGGUCUCAGGCGACUACAUAUCCACAGUAAAAUCUAUGUGAGUCAAGCCAUGUACUGCAUGUAUCAGACAGUUUUACUGCAUCGUACAAACCAAUUAUGCUGUUUAGCUCAUAUCCCAUGCAAAGACAGGCCUGGAAUGUAAUGUAACAAUUUUCUUUAAUAAUGGCAAUGUUUUCAUUCACCAAGGACAUUGACAUCAACAUUAAAAUAGUAUUGUUGUUAAUGUUAAA